AAGACUAACUCCAAGCAAACUGCCCACUGAGGCUGCACGAGCAUUCUGCUCUGAGAUAAACUCUUCCAACUCGCCAUAGGCGGUGGCAGCAUAACCCAGCAUAUUAAUGCCAGUCCGUGAAUAUAUAUACCACAUGCUUUCUGGAAUGACACAGCCGUACAGUAAUUAACUGCAUGUUCAUGUAUCCUCAGUUUGGGUCUUUCAGUGUACAACCACCAGCAAAGUAAAUGUCAGAACUUUACCAGCUAUUUUGGGAUGGAUGAAUGGGGGACACUCGUCCCCUGUGAAGGCGGCCUUGUUUUACGCAGCUGCAAAUUGUUUAACCUUUAGCCAAAACAAUUUUCUUUCUGCUGUGGCAUAGACCAAGAUGCAAUUUUCGAGGCGCACAGUGUGUAUGGUCCAGGUGUGCUGAAUAGCAUUCCCAAAGAAUCAACUUCAUUUGCGAGUGACCGCAGCUGCAAGCUGAAUGUUUGAGGCAUUUGAAUCUUCUUGAAUCUCACAGCAAGAGCAAUAAAUUCUUGUCAGCCACUCAUCCAAAUAUGCCAAGGCCAUGAUGUCAUUGGAUUUUGUGAAAGUAUGGAACUUGAUUACUUAGAUUUCUCAUUAAGAGACAUGCACGAAAUCUAACAGCCGCAGUGUACAGCUUCAGUACAUGUUCAAAGUGUGAGCAGUCGCCACCAGUUAAAUUGUUGUGGAUUUCGACAUCCAUUGGAUUCAAACCCGGGCUUCAACAACAUUCCUCAUUUGCCUUUUCCUCAACGAGUCUUUGUGAGUUGAGUGAGUAUAAGUAUUUUUCAGCAUGACACUCUGGUUUGAUGAUCUGCUGCUCACCGUCGGCCUUGAGCCCUUCAUGCUGAAGCUGAGUCACAACCUGCCGAUCCGUCACUCCGGACACAGGAGGAACCCACUUUGGUUCAUUCAUGGGGUCAAAACAGGAUACUUGAGCCUGAAGGAUGGCCAGCACAAUGGGGAGGUGGUACGGGCGCAACUCUCCAAGGAAAGUCUGAGUCUACAGAGGGAAGAGACGUUCCUUGUUAGUCCAGUAGAAGCGGAGGUGAAUGGGCCCGAAAUAGACUCAUCCAAGGAAAGAACUGUGUGCUUGAGGAGACAAAAGAUUGGAGGCCUAGGACUCAGUAUCAAGGGAGGGGCGGAGCAUAACAUCCCCAUAUUGGUUUCCAGAAUAUUCAAAGAUCAAACAGCUGACCAGAAUGGGGGCCUGUAUGUAGGUGAUGCAAUCUUAAAGGUCAAUGGCAUGUCCAUUGAAAGAGCUACACAUGACGAAGCAGUAGCGGCCUUAAAAAAUGCGGGUACAGAGGUUGUGUUGACAGUGCGACAUUUCAGAGCUGCAACACCAUACCUAAAACAGGCAGCUAAGCUAGCUGAUGCAGAAAACCAGUUGGAGGUACAGAUAGAGCAGUCCAACUCUAUGCCUAACCAUGACAGCAGCUGGCAGACGAGGAAUAGCGCCCUCGGUCAGCAGCAGGAGGCCAAUGCUAGGCAACCUAAGCCAGAGAAGCGAUGGGUGGAUCUGCUGUCCAUCCCCUUGCUCAUGGCUAGAGUGUCGCGUUACACACCGGGCACAGACAAGCUCAGGCCCAACUCGUUUGAACUGGUUGGUAUGGACAGCAUGUCAUCUGGUAUUCUCCUUUGUCACAAUGCAGCCGAGCUCAAAGACUGGCUCAAGUGUAUUUCAGCAAACAUAGCUACGUUAAAUGCACAGUCUAUGAAGAUCUCUAAUAACCUGCUUCAGCCAUCGGAUCAGAUCCUGCACAUGGGCUGGAUUGGUGAGAGACUGCCCACCGUCAUGCAGAUGCACACCUGGAAGCCCAAAUUCCUGACCAUCCGUGGCUCAGACAUCCUGCUCUUCAACACCCCACCUGUAAAUACAAGAGACUGGGUGAGGUGUGAACGAACGUACAAGUUGUAUGAGGUCAUCACCCGAGUUUAUAAGGAUUCUGAGCUGAUGGAUGACAGGCCUCACUGCUUCACUCUACAGACUGGGGACGCCGUCAGCAACCACCAUUACUUAUGCACGCAGACUCGCAGCGAGCUCAACGUGUGGCAGAAUGCGAUCCAACGAGCCACGCAGGCCGCGGUCUCCAAACUAGGCACAAAAACGUACGGAUGCACAUGGCGGAAAAAGGUGGUGGGACUGACCUUUGACCUGUCAACAGGUUUCACAUUAUUUGAUGCACAAAAUAAGCAAGCAAUCAUUUGGAGGUACCGAUUCUCCCAGCUCAAGGGCUCGUCAGAUGACAACAUUUCAACGGUGAGGCUGCAGUUCCACAACCCCAACACAGACCAGGUCGAAACCCAGGAGUUGGAGUGUCCACAUCUGAGAAAAUUACUUCACUGUAUGCACGCCUUCCUGUCAACCAAGCUAGCCUUAGUCGAUCCAACAUUCAUGAGGAGUACCACGGCAAUACCCGGAGAGGGGCCUCAUUGAUGAAAAUAAUGCUGCAUCCUUGUAGUGGUUGGGUUUUAAUAGUGGGUUGGUGGUAAGGGGCAUUUCGGCACUCUGGAGCCCCUGAUUGUGUUAAAGUCUUCAUGGACUUGCCUGAAUAUGGAGAUAAGUUUAUUAUAAAGUCUUCUCCGCUGAUGUCAAAUUUGGUGAACAAGUGAAUUUGGUGGGGGGGGGCUGACUGAGUGUGGUAGUUGGGACUUGUGCCGUUGCGUUGAAUUCCUGUUUCAUACAAACUCAAUUUAGGACAGGUAAAAUUUUGUCAGCAACUUAACUCAAUGAAAUAACACAGUGCCAGCGUCAAAACUACUGACUUUUUUUCCUUACCUUUAUGUCGCAUCAGGAAUAAGAUGUUGGUAUUGCAGUGAAAAAAGGGGGGUUAUACUUAGCCUAAAAGCAAACACACCUGCAAAUUGGUCAUGUACAGGCAGGGUUUACGGCAGCAGUAAAUUUGAAUGCGGCGGGAGACUUUGAGAUGCUUGGGGGUGCAAGCAAACAGGCCCACGUUUGUUUGCCUCACAUUUGAGCUAAUGCAUACAUGCUCAAAAUGACAAAAAAGAUAGUGAAUUGGACCUGUCGGACAGGUAUGUUUGCCGCCACCAAGUGUCUCGAAAAGUCUUUCACUGGACGUUAGUGAGCUACACCAUUAACAGUUUGUGGCAUCAGAUUUUCUUUUGCAUUCACCAUCGCAUGAAGUAUGAACCCAACCUUAAGACCUACAGGAUUUCUGGACUCAUGUUAAUGCUUUGUGAUGUAACAGCCUCUUACCAGUGUUUGGUUUGCUGUCGGAAAGUGCCAUUUUAAAUUUGCACUUCAUGUGAGACCUGCAAUGGGCAUGCUUAAAUCAUAAUCGCCAUACCUGCGUGAAUACUUUUGCAGCCAUGUUUAUGCAUGAACAUAUUGAGUAUUCGUUUAUAUUUACUGUUGUAUUCAUCAAACUUGUGCAUUUGGAUUUCAUUUGUAUUCAUUUAGACUCCAUCCACGUAGAGUUUACUAUUCUGGGGAUCGGGGCAGGGUGGUUGAAUUUAUUUUUACUACACCUCAUAAAUAUUCACAAGCAAAUCAGGGGGCGUCAUUGGCUGAUUCCACCUCGGGUCUGGGAAUUAGAAAUGAUACACAACCAGGUGACGUUAUAGCGAUGAGUAUCCACCUCGCUGCUGUGCGGUCGUUUUUUCUGGUAGCAUCAAAAUGUCCCUCUGGAACCCGCCGCGUAAAUAUAUCGUCUGUGUCAUGUAAUCUUUACGGAACCAGUCUGGACUUGUAUCCUACUGACUAUUACAGUAAAGACCCAAACCGUA